UUGUGGGACGUGUAGUUCCGCUUCGAGGCCGAUGGGCUUGAUAAUAACGCGAGGAAGAACGAAACAAAAAUAAAUUAGAUAAAACUUCAAUAGAAUAACAAGUUUAUCAGAUUUUCAUUGGAAUAAAUAUGCCUGGAUUCACCUGCUGUGUCCCUGGCUGCUACAACAACUCUCAUCGGGACAGAGAGCUGCGGUUCUACACAUUUCCAAAGGAUACCACGCAAAGGGAAAUUUGGCUCAAGAACAUCUCCCGGGCCGGGGUGAGCGGCUGUUUUAGUACCUUCCAACCCACUACUGGACACCGCGUCUGUAGCGUACACUUUCCCGGUGGCAGAAAGACCUAUACCGUUCGAGUACCGACGCUCUUCCCGCUGAGAGGAGUGAAUGAACGCAAGAAUCGAAGGGGCAGGAACAGGAAAGCGUCUGCGGCGGCUCCUGUUACAGCCCCCAGUCCAGGUAGUAUUGUCAUCACAAACGUUGUUUCGACAGCCCCAGGUGCCGCUGAGACCGCUCAGAGCGAUGCAGUCACCGACACAGCUACUACUGAUGGCCCUAUCGUGGUGCAGAUCGGCCCAGACGGCGAAUACCUCGGAUCUGUAAAUCCAGCCGCGCAGGGUGACGGGUCCUGUUUUACUGCAGUCGUCUCCAGCUCCACUGACCUGGCUGGGGGCGACGAUCCCCCUGCAGAUGCCGCGGCCGCUGCCCAGCAGCAGACUGUGCAGUACUACAGCGUUGUCAGCAACCCGCUGGACCACGCGUACUCGCUGACCACCGGGACCACCUCGGCCGAACUACUUCGGAAGCUGAACGAGCAGCGGGACAUCAUUGCACUCAUGGAAGUGAAGAUGAAGGAGAUGAAGGCAACCAUCCGCCAGCUGCGCGUAACCGAGGCCAAGCUACAGGAGGAGGUGCGAGAGCGGGACCGUUUGCUCUCGGCAGGAGCAGCGGUAAAGAAAAUGUGACCAUCAUUUCCACCCAAAGGAUGGAUAGCUAAAGACCGUCGCGACCUAAGACUUUAACGUGAGAUGAAGGGGGUCCGUGGAGAGCAGAGCAAACCCUCUUUUUUUACGAAAGCGAUGACAAUUUAUUUUCAAUAGAAGAGAUUUUUGGUCUACUCAUGCUAUUUUUGGCUAGCUAGUUGAUAGUAAGAAUCCCAUAGUUGCCUAUAAAACAUUGCCCAAUUUAGUCCACCCGUGUGUUUGCUAAGUGCAAGCAGCCUUUUAGGGGAGUGUAAAAACAUUGGCCAAUACAUUCUUGUGGAUUGCCUGGCUGCAACUCUGUAGCCUACUUUCGACAGAACAGGGGGUUGGGGGAAUUAUUAGGCCAUUUUUCUGGUUGUUGAGCUGUUUGUAUGUCAGUGUCUGCAGUUGAAUUCUCAUUGCAGUAUAUUAAACACCAGCUUUUCAGCUCAGAGGCCAUCCUCCAAAACAAGGUUGCUUUGUGACUCUAGCUGUGGGAAGAUGUGUUGGGUAUCAUAAAAGUAUGUGUGCUUAUGAGGUGCCUAUUUCCACAAGAGACCUGUCUUGAUCCAUGGCUCUCUGGUUGCAAGGCUUUUACACCACCUAAAGGUUCACUGUGACUGUGUGUCUCAACCUUCUCCCAAAUAGUUUGAUACAGUAUCUGUAGUUGCCACUCUCGUAUGGAUAUUAUGUUAACCUCUGACUGUUGAACUUUGACCUGACAGCAAUGACUGUUCUGAAACUUAAACCAUAACCAUUUGAAGUAAAUUUAAUUUUGAAAUAAUAUAUCCUGAGUUGUUUCUUUAUCUGUUUAAAUUGAUGCAUGAGUGUAAUUCUUGGUGCAGUGAUCAAAUCAUGCAGUUGAUGUCUAUCAUUUCUAUUCCCCUUUUCAAUUGAAACAGACUUUCUCUUAGAGAAAUUCACUUACCGUGAACAUCAAAGGGAUCUAGAAUCAUGACUUAAUCUUAUCUUGAUUAUAAGAAAUGUGUUGGACAUUCCUAAUAUUUUUCAUAGUCAACUUACACACAGCACUGGCACACACACGUACCCCCCCCCCCCCCAGACAUGCCACUAGGGGUCACAGUCCCCAGGUCCAGAACAAAUUCAAGUAAAUGUACAGCAUUAUACAGAGCCAUGAGUGCAUGGAACUCCCUUCCAUCUUAUAUAGCGUGAGUGAACAUCAAACCUGUUUUCAAAAAACAAAUAAAGCAACACCUGAUGGCACAAUGCCUAUCCCCCAUGUGA